AUGUCUUCCUCAGCACUGGCCUUGCGCCCAGCUGUUCUGCGCCGAAGUGUUCUCGGAGCGACAAGGGUGCAAUGUCGUUAUAUCUCGAUGCCCUCCAAGGGAAAGAUGUUGCGGGAGAUGCAAAGGGCGGCCAUGAAGGAUGCCAAGAAGACAGAUACCCAGUCCAUGUCUGCGAUGCAGAAGAAGGCGAAUGAAGAGUACUUCAAGUUUGGUGGUGGUCCAUUGUUUCCUGGCACAUUCGUCGCCCUACCGUUAUCUCGAUACCCCUCCGGCGUCUCCAAUUUCCUCAACUACUCAUGGUACCGACUUCGCUCAUGGGGAAUUGAAUACAUGUCUCUCCUUCAGUUCAAGCUCAAGUCCAUGCCCGGCUGGACAACCCGACCCAAAUGGAAGAUCGGCCGCGGCACAAUUGCGCCCACAGCGAAGAACAUGUACAUGGAGAUGCUCGAGGCCUUUGCUGCUGGUGACAAGGCCACCAUCAACGAUCUAUGCCUCGGCCAGUUCAGCAAGAAACUCACUGCCGCUAUUGACCGUCGAAACCCUGCUGAGCGUGUCACAUUCGAGCUUGUCAAGCUUAACAAGACAUUGCUAUACCCUCGCGUGUUAGCGCACCAGGUCCAUAACAUCAACCCUCACGAUAAGGACAACAGCACACAGCAAGCCGUUAUAGCAAUCGCCUCAACACAACGAGUUGCGAAAUUCAAGAAGACCACCGGCGAGCUUAUCCCCGGUAGCACAAAAGUGCAAGACAAGAUGGAGUACGUGGUGCUGUCAAGGCAGGUCAACGAGAAGACAUUCUUGUCCAGCCCAUGGCGUAUAUGGGGAACUGUCCCUGCUACGACGCUUGAGGCGUUCAAUGAGGAGCAGGAGUGGCUCAUGAGAGAGCAAGCUCAGCGUGCUGGGUGGAAGGGACCUACGAAAUCAACGAAAUAG